AUGUACGCCCUGCGCACCUCCCCCAAAGCGCAGGAGGUGCUAGGGGCUGAGAUCUACUUCAAGAGUCAGAUGCCGUGGAUCUGGGGGGAGAUGAAUAUGCUGCAUGGGAAGAUUGACAUCCAUUUUGAGGUCAAGGGACAGAAGACUAGCGGGACGAUGACCUUUAAGAGUCAUAGGCCGACGAGACAGGGCAUGUUCGUUACGACGGAGUGGAGUUUGGAGACGAAGGAAGGGGUCAAGAUUGAUUUGCUGGAUGCAGGGGAUCCAUUCAAGGGCAUCGAGCUGAGCGAGGAGGAGCCCAAGGUAGUUGGGAGAGGCUCAUAUGCCCCGAACCUGUCGGGAUGA